AUGCCGGGCGCCAUGUUGCCCACGAAGCAGGCGAUGAAGAGCAUGUCGUUCCGCGAGCGCGCCGACCUGCUGUAUCCGCCGACGAAGGACGUGUCCACGGCGUCCGAGGAGUGCAAACCCGCGGAGGAGAAGACGCAGAAGGAAGUGGGCGAGCCGGCGGCGGAGAAGUCGCUGUGUCCGGAUGCCACCAAGGUGGGUUUGGGAGGACUUUAGAGCAUUCAUAAAGGGGAUUUUUUCGCGCAAAACUAAAAGCACAAGCCAAGUUCAAAGUCGAGUUCGAUAGGCUAAAAAAACUAAAUUUUUGGCUUGUAGGGUACCCCAAUUGCGACCUUCAAAUUUUGAUGAAACUUGUCACAAAUUUGGACAAUUUUUUUCUAAGACUUAUGCGAGAAUUCUAGCUCGCGCUUUGCAGAAACAACCGAGGUUUUUACAUCGAAAUUUGAAAAAAUGCGACGCUUUUUUUGCGAAUUUUGACAUGAAAAGUCUUAUACAGGGUGUUCCUAGAAUUAUGGAAAAAACUAUUCUUUAAUAACUUUGUGCUUGGUGGUCCAAUUAGAAAAAUUUUUUUUGCAUUUUACAGGAAAACCCUUGAGUUUUUAGAAUCAAAAAUAAUUUUUUGCUUUGAUCAGCGGAGACUUCGGUAAUCCUCCUUGAAUUCGGCGGAGUGUUUUUUUCACAAAUGAGGCUGUAAAUUGUUGUAUGUGUGAAGAAAAUAGGUGGGAAAGAAUUCAGAAGAUACAAUAUGACAUUUAUUUCAAAUUUUUGUCAUUCGGCGGAUACAUUUUUUAACCUCGGCGGACGAUUUUUCUUCGACUUUGGAGAGUCAAAAUUGGCUAAAACCAAAACGUAUGGUAUUCCUGGUGGCAUGGCACCUAAAUACGACUUAUUACGUCUUCGGCCCACUGGGAGAAGAAAAAAAAGGCAAUUCGGCGGAGAAAUCGGCGGGGACAAAAAUGAACCAAUUUUUACAGCCUCGUUGUGAAAAAGCACUCCGCCGAAUUCAAGGCGGAUUACGGAAGUCUCCGCCGAUAAAACAAAAAUUUUUUUUUUGAUUCUAAAAACUCCAAGGUUUUUCUGCAAAAUGCAAAAGAAAAUUUUCCGAUUGGGCCACCGAGCACAAAGUUAUUAAAGAAUAGUUUUUUCCAUAAUUCUUGGAACACCCUGUACUUGUUUCUACUGUAGAGAAUAAUGAUUUCACAAAAAAUCAAUUUUUUCCCGCUGAAACUGCCAAAGAUACGAUCAAAAAGGUCUUCUCUCUGACCGCUCUCCGCAUUUCGCGUACUCUCUCGGCCGCAAAGAUUGUUGAAUAUCUCGGCUGCCCAUGCAAAGCGAGAGCUAAAACUUUCAGGAAUUGAUAUAUCGGCUAUGUCUGACGUAUGCGCAAAAUUUAAGGAAAAUCUGAGCGUCGCACUUGGGCUACUUCCAUUGUGAUCUUUACAUUAUUUUUUUGAAGUUUGCCGGAAAAGUUGAUAUAUUUGCAGCUUAAAUUGCUCCACAAGCUCUUUUGAUGGCACAAGAAAAAUCUCGGAUCCAUUUUCCAACUUUAUUUUCCAUUUUUUACAGUUAUAUUACUCUACCUUCAGGCCAACAGCUCUCGAAUGUCCCGAGUGAUGACCGCAAACCAGAUGAAGCCGAUAAACUUGCGCGCCUUCAUCAAAGACCAUCUGAUCAGCGGCGCCAAACGAAUGGACUACGAUCCGGCGGCGGUCUAUCAGCUUUUGGGCAUGGCGAAACAAUCGUUCCAGGACCAAUCGCCGUUGAUCGAGCUGAACGCGCCGGUGAACGUUUGUGGCGACAUUCACGGACAGUACAGCGACUUGUUGAGGAUCUUCAACGUGAGUUUAGGGGGAGAUUUUGUUUAAGGCGGGCAAGAAUCGGAUUUCCCUGAAUUUCAGGGUUUUCGUGCUGGGACCCAAAAAAUUUUUGGAUGCCUAGUGUAAUGUCACAUUUUGGGCUUUCAGAGCUGUGGGAUGCCAUUUAAAGUGCGCUAUUUGUUCUUGGGCGACUACAUCGACCGCGGCAAACACUCCAUGGAGGUGAUUAUGUUGUUGUUGGCGUGCAAAGUGAAAUUCCCGAGGAAUAUCUACCUUCUACGCGGAAACCAUGAGCUCAAGAACAUCAACAAGUAAGUUGGAGGGCUCAUCAAUCUCAUUCGCAACCUUUUCGACCAGUUCCGCGGUGUUUUUGCGAAAAUCAGGUUUUCGUUGUGGGACCAAAAUUUUUUGGAAGAUUUAGAAUUUUUUGAUUUAUGUUUGGAAAUUUCAGAAUCUACGGCUUCUACGACGCCCUAAAGAAGCGGUACAGCGCGGACCCGCACCUCAUCGACGACCUUUACUUGUACUUCAACGAGAUCUUCUCCUUCAUGCCGUACGCGGCGCUGGUGUCCAAGAAGAUCCUGUGCAUGCACGGCGGGAUCUCGCCACGCCUCAACAGCCUCGACGACAUCCGCAAGUUGAAGAGAGGGACGAUGAUUAUGCAGAAGAACACCUUGGAACAGGACCUUUUGUGGGCGGACCCGCAGAAGGGCGUCAAGGGCUACACGCAGAACAAAGUCCGGUCGGUGUCGGUGCUGUUCGGAGAGGAUUCGGUCAAGGAGACGCUUCAAAGGCUUGAUAUCGACUUGAUCAUCCGAGCGCAUCAGGUGGGUGGAGGUUUCCUUUUUUAAAAAGUCUUUUUUUGACAUAUUAUUGCAAUAUUACUAUACAAGGGAGAUGUCCCAAGUGCGACGUUCAGAUUUUGUUGAAAUUUUGCACACACUGUAGGCAUAGGCCAAGUAUCAAUUCGAGGAAGUUUUAGCUCAAUUUUUACAGAGCCAGCCGAGAUAUUCAACGGUCUUUGCGGCCGAGAGAGUACGCGAAACACGGAGGGCGGUCAGAGAAUUUUUUUUGCUAUUUUCUGCCAAUUGUUUACGAAAGAAGUUGGGUUUUUUCGGACAAUUUUAGACGCCUACAGUAGGAAUAAGGUUGAUUUUUGUGGACAAACUGGCAAAAAAAGUGCCAAUUCUAGUCUCGAUGUACAAGGACAGGCUUGUAACCGAGGGGCUCACAUCAGAUUUUCUUCAAAUUUUGCACAAAAUCAGUCGUAGGCCACGUAUCAAUUCCUAAAAGUUUUGGCUCGCGCAUUGCAAGAGCAGCCGAGAUAUUCAACGGUCUUUGCGGCCGAGAGAGAGAGAGUACGCGGAAUGUGGAGAGCGGUCAGAGAGAAGACCUUUUUGGCCAUAUCUUUGCCAGUUUCGCGCGGAAAAAUUUAAUUUUUUGUGGAAACAUUGCCCUAUACGUCAGAAAUAGGCAUGAAACUUUUCAAGCCUAAAUUCGCAAAAAAGUAUCGCAUUUUUUUCAAAUUUCGGCCUAAAAAUCUCGGUUGUUUCUGCAAAGCGCGAGCUAGGAGUUUCGCAUAUAAUCUUGGAAAAAAUUAUUCUAAAUUUGUGCCAAGUCUCGUCAAAAUAUGAGCGUCGCCUGAUGAUUAUUUUAACACUACUUUUUUCCCCUUUUCAGGUGGUGGAAUAUGGCUACGCCUUCUUCGCGAACCGCUCCCUAAUUACGGUCUUUUCGGCGGCCCGUUACACCGACGACUUGUGCAACUACGCGGCCGUCGUGCAGGUGAGCAGUAAGCUGGAGCUUAGCUUCACGCAGCUGAAACCCGCCGAAUUCGACGAGAAGAAGCGCGAGAAGAUGAUUGUGCGGACGAUGGACUGUGAUGAUGAAUAG